UGUUCGGGCGCGGAGUGAAAAGAGCGCGGGAGAUCCGAAGUGCGGAAAGUGCAAGUGGCGCGAAGGUACAGUUCGCCGGUGCAGGAACAGAAAACUAACCUCGGACUUCACGUGAGUGCAGCUACUUUUCGGCCGAACCUCCGGACUCCGGACGAGCCAUGGACUGAUGGACUGUCGGGAAGCGAGCAGCUGAGUACGCGCGCACAUACGUGCACAUCGGUCGAAAUGGAUGCACGGAGCGAGUCGAGUGGUGUCGCAAAACGUCCGGAUGCCGCGAGUACGCGCACGCUGCGACGUAAUCAGGAGACGGACAAUCCUUGCUACAAGGAGCACCUCCAGUCCCUGAGAUGCCUCGACUCCAACCAGACAGACCGCAGCGCGUGCGAGCCGUACUUUGUCAAUUACAAGAACUGUAAAAAAUUCUGGAAUACCGUAAGGGAAGACCGCAAGCUGAAAGGCAUCAAGCCGUAUCUGCCGCCCUUGGAGGAACGCGUCAAGAUUAAGGCCGACUUCCUAAACUCCAAGAGGUGAUAGAUGUGGACACGCCUUGCUUUGUAAAAAUAUCCUUUAUUUCGUGAUAUCCCUCGCGAUUGCCUCGCAGUAUCACGUCUGUAAUAUAUAUUACGUAUGUAUAUAGUCCAACAAAGUUUACAUGUAAGCUUGAAACAUAUUAAACCCACGUUGGAAAGAAA